CAGGCGCUCCUGGGAUUGGGAAUGAUCUUCACAUGUUGCUGCUGCUUUUGCUGCUGUUGUUGCUGUUGCGGUAAAUGUGGCGGUUCGGAGAACGAAGACAAUGUCCACUGUGUGGAUCCAGAUGAGCUGGAGGCGGAGAUGUCAGAGGAGCAGAACAGAGGCAAUGACACAGUAAUAACAGGACAGCCUAUUCCCAGUCCUGCACCUGGAAAUUCAGGAGACACUGUGAUUGUAGGAAUGCCUAUUCCUAAAAGCUCAGAUGGAGACACUUCUGUACUGAUCACUCCAGAUGUACAUGUGGCACAUGAAUAGAGCAAACAACAACAACCUCUAGACUUGUUGAGGAGACUGUCUCUUCCCUGUUUCUGGCUGUAGAAAUGUGUUCGAGCGUCAGUGGUUUAUAUUACACAGUGCUUGUGCGGUUUAUGCGGCUCAUUCUCCACACAUAAUGCUAUUUUUUGUUUACAUCAUUUUAUAAUUACCUUUUGGUUGCUUGAAUGUCUCAUGAUUUUUAUUGCAGAGACACUUUAUUGUAAUGCUUCAAUGAUGCGCCAUUUAAAGCAGCUAUGUGUAGUUUUGUGUAUUUUUGCGACUUUAGAGCCCCCAACAGUUGAGUGAGUCGUAAAUAUAGCUAAAAACGUACAUACAGUUGCUUUAAAUGACCUCUAGAGUACAAUCAAACAUAUCUUGCACAACAAAGUCAACCUGAAGUAAUACCAUAAAAAUGUUCUGUUUAUAUAACAACAGCAGAUUAACUGAUUUGCUUGAUUUAUUUUUCUAUUUACCAUCUCGUACACUGUGUAUAUGUUAAACCAUGCUUUUCCAGUGAAACCUAAUACAUGCAUUUCGUGUGUAUUACAUCACAGUAAUUAUUAAGAACAUAAAGUUUUUAUUGUUAAUGCUGUAUUUGUACAAUGUGAAGUCAUUAAGUCUCCAAUACAUGAUAAGGAAUAAGUCCAACAGUAUUUUUUUAUCUGUAUAUGCACAUAAACAUUGAUAGUUUAUCUAACAGACAACUAUAUGUGGUUUAUUUAGCUACCGUUGCAAGCAAACCUUGAAAUAACCUAAUUUGGUAUGAUGUAGAUUUUUUGAAGAUUCAAGCGACUGGUGAUAAAGCAGGUGAAUGUUUGGUUUAUUGUGGUAAUAUUGCACGGCCUCAGGGAUGGUUUUGUCUGAGAUUCUGUGUGUAAAAACGUUUUGUUUAUAAUUGAAAUUAUAUGAUUUCUUUGUGGAAUUAUGAAAGAUUAAUAAAUAUAGUCGAUUACUGU